UGUGCCGAAUCAUUCCUCUAUCAAAAAGCAGUGGCGGGAACUUUGUAUCCCCAUUUCCCAAGUCCCUCCGGCGCCAUAAAAUCCCAAAAUUGUAAAUCAAAUAGAGCAUAACCUCAUAAAAAAUCUCUCGAUCGAGUGCGAAACCCUAAGUCUAAUAUCCUUCGAAUCCAAACGCAGAAUAACCUUCGAAGCAAGGAUGCUAGAGCUUCGUCUCGUGCAAGGUUCCCUUCUCAAGAAAGUCUUGGAGGCGAUUAAGGACUUGGUGACUAAUGCCAACUUUGACUGCUCGGCGACCGGGUUCUCGCUUCAGGCCAUGGACUCCAGCCACGUUGCUCUGGUGGCUCUGCUUCUCAGAUCCGAGGGUUUUGAGCACUACCGUUGUGACCGGAACCUCUCCAUGGGCAUCAAUCUCGCUAACAUGUCCAAGAUGCUUCGGUGUGCUGGAAAUGAUGACAUCAUCACGAUUAAGGCCGACGAUGGUAGCGACAUUGUUACUUUCAUGUUCGAAAGUCCAACACAAGACAAGAUAUCGGACUUUGAGAUGAAAUUGAUGGACAUUGACAGCGAUCACCUUGGGAUUCCAGAAGCUGAAUACCAUGCUAUUGUUAGAAUGCCUUCAGCAGAGUUUGCUAGGAUUUGUAAAGAUCUCAGCAGCAUUGGUGAUACUGUUGUGAUCUCUGUUACAAAGGAAGGCGUUAAGUUCUCCACAAGAGGUGACAUUGGAGCUGCAAAUAUAGUCCUGAGGCAGAACACAACAGUGGACAAGCCUGAAGAAGCUACAAUUAUAGAGAUGAAUGAGCCAGUUUCUUUGACAUUUGCACUGAGAUACAUGAACUCCUUUACUAAGGCUACUCCAUUGUCAAGCACGGUUACAAUAAGCUUGUCAUCAGAACUGCCUGUUGUGGUUGAAUACAAGAUUGCAGAAAUGGGUUAUAUACGGUUUUAUUUGGCUCCUAAGAUUGAAGAGGAUGAAGAUGAGACGAAGCCCGCAAUUUGAUUGCCUUCUUCCAUACAAGCUUACCUUAGUUUUUCAUUUAAGAGGAUUGUUGUUUUGUAACAUGCAUAUGUGACUUCUGCUAGACUCAAUGUGGUGGUAAGAAAAAUUUUAGAUUUUUUUUUUCUAGCACUUAUGGUUUUUUCCUUUCGCAUCAUGUUAUAUUAGAAACCACCCUCAAUAUUUUUCAGACUCCCUCUAAGCUUCAAAGGUGAUUUUUAAUGGUUUUUGAACGUGGUGAUAGAAAAUUUCAAGGUAAUUCUUUGAAUUUGAAUGCCAUCCAUGCAUACAAAUUUACAGUGUUUCAAUUGUAAUCAUCUUUUCUUCUUCUAGUA